AUGUCAGAUGAAGUAGCAUCCAGACCAUAUUCGACUAGGGCAUCAAAUCACUCUAAUCCGAUCUCAAAACAACUUUUGAAUUUAAUGGAAGAGAAGCAAAGUAAUUUAUGUGUAUCAUUGGAUGUAACGAGCAAAUCGGCUUUUCUUAGGAUAGCCAAUUUGAUUGGUCCUCAUAUUUGCAUGCUCAAGACUCAUAUUGAUAUCAUUACGGACUUUGAUCAAGAUUUGAUCGAGAAAUUGGUUGAGUUGAGUAAGAAACAUAAUUUCUUGAUUUUCGAGGAUCGUAAAUUUGCUGAUAUCGGAAAUACCGUUAAACUUCAAUACUCUUCAGGUGUUUAUAAGAUAGCCGAUUGGUCUCAUAUCACCAAUGCACACACGGUACCAGGAGAGGGAGUUAUUACAGGUUUAGCCGAAGUAGGAAUUCCCAAAGGUCGAGGAUUACUAUUAUUAGCCGAAAUGUCAAGUAAAGGUACUUUAGCUAAAGAUCAAUAUACAAUCGAAACACUUAAAAUGGCACAACGACAUCCUGAGUUCGUAAUAGGAUUUAUUUCUCAAAGAAGAUUAGAAUCGGGUCCGGAAGAAGAUUGGCUGGUUUUGUCUCCUGGUGUUGGAUUGGAUGUAAUGGGUGAUUCAUUGGGUCAGAAUUAUAGAACCCCUCAUCAGGUCGUUUUUGAAAGUGGUUCAGAUGUGAUCAUUGUGGGUCGUGGGAUUUAUAAAAAUUCUGAUGAUGAUGACGAGAUUUUCAAACAGGCAUUAAGGUAUAAAGAUGCAGGAUGGCAAGCUUACCUUCAACGAAUCAAGACAACCUGA